UUGUUGAAUUGCUUGGCAUGUUAAAAGGCCUGUGAUCUUUUGACUAUAAACGCUCUUGAUCGGUUCACUACGUCUCUCUCUCAUCUGAUUCUCACUUUUCAUCCGCCACCAGUCUUCCUUCUUCACAUGCGCGUUCUCUAACUUCUCUAUGCCUUAAAAUUCUUAAUUUCAAAAGAAGGGAAUUCGAGAGUACUUUCUUGAAGAUGGAUGCUAUUGAGAGGUCUGGGGAAGCCAAGUAUGAGUGCUUGCUCUUUGAUAUGGAUGAUACUCUGUACCCUAUGAGCUCAGGCCUCAAUCUGGCUUGCCGGAAGAAUAUUGAAGAGUUCAUGCUCCAUAAGUUGCAUAUCGAGGAAAGUGAAGUUCCAAGGAUGUGUUUGGAACUGUACAGGGAACAUGGCACAACAAUGGCCGGUCUACAGGCGCUGGGUUAUGAAUUUGACAAUGAUGAAUUCCAUGCAUAUGCUCAUGGAAGGCUGCCUUACGAAGCACUGAAACCGGAUCCUGUAUUGAGAAAUCUCCUACUUUCCAUGCCCCAGCGCAAAAUUAUCUUUACCAAUGGAGACAAAGCACACGUAGCCCAAGUUCUGAGCAGGCUGGGGUUAGAAGAUUGCUUUGAAGGCAUAAUAUGCUUUGAAACUCUCAACCCUGCUCUCGAAACUGUUAUGGAUCCACUAGACAGUGAUUCUGUGCCAGCAGAUGGUGAUACAGAGGUUGACGGCCAAAUCGACAGCGACGGUGUAAGCUCCAAAAUGCGAAUCCUCUGUAAACCCUCAGUGGAAGCCAUUGAAGCAGCAAUCAAGAUAGCAGAUGUUGAUCCCAGCAAAACAAUUUUCUUCGAUGACAGUGCUCGAAACAUUGCAAGUGGGAAAGCAGCAGGACUACAUACAGUCAUUGUGGGGAGCUCAGCGUUGGUGCCUGGUGCAGAUCAUGCCCUGGAAAGCAUUCAUAACAUCCGAGAAGCCUUACCCGAGAUAUGGGAGGGUCAGGAAGAACAGAUAGAGCAAGUCAUCCAGUCCACGGCCGUCGAGACCGUGGUCCUUGCAUAAGUCUCAAUCUUUUCAAGUAUUGACCAAUCGGGCAAAGUGGCCGACAUGUCUUUAAAGCCUUUUAGCUAAAACUCUGAAUCUGAUGUCAUACUCAACCAUCACUUAGUGGGAUACAUCCUAAUCAGCUCACAGGAUGGUCAGAUCAUCUAGUGUUUUUUCCUUUUCCUUUUCCUUAUGAGUCUGUAGCUUGCGAAUAUGCUUUGGCACGGAUGACGGUGGAAAACGAUUCUACUUAUGAGUCGACAACGCCAAAGUUGUCUUUCAUCUAGAAUUUAGAUUGCAGAUGGUGUCCCUUAAAAAAAAAUUCAGCCUUGCUAUAGGAAAUUGAGUACACCAAUGAAGAAAAUCAGUAUCUUAUGAAUA